AUGAGACGGGAGUGUGGUCCAUUUCUUUUAUACCCAACCACUGUUGCUGCUGUUGAAGAAGUUGAUGAUCUAGACAGUGGAGAUAGUAGAACUCAGAGGCCAGAAUUGACUCCAAAAUGGAUUGCGUCGUUGUCCAAAGAGAAAGCUAUUUUAUCUAAGAUAUCUGUUGAAAAUACCACUUUCAUGGUAAGGAAGAUUAAGAAGAACAACUAUAAGAAGACGGCCCACAAUGGUGUCCUCGUGGACCAAAAUGGCAAGCAUCUCCAAGCUUUCCUCCAACCCAAAGGGCAGCUAAUGAAAAUCCAUUUAUUACUGGGGUCUGGGAUCAAAUAA